AUGGAGCUUCGCACUCCGCGGCAGCCACCCAGCGGCUGUAUCACCACUCCACAGCGCCGCAGCCCGCCCUGCACACCGACGAAGCCGCUGUGGCUGCAACGCUGCGAGGAUGCCUGCGUCCAGUGCCAAUAUCCUUGCAGCUUUGCUUUGGACCAGUCUUCCAAACGUGAGGACCGCUUAGCCCUGGCCUCCUUUGGCGCCGCUUUCUUCGUGGCCGUCUUCGAUGGCCACCGUGGCGCUGAGGUCGCCGCCCUGGCGGCGCAGGCGGCGCCGCAGUGCUGGCGCCAGCGCCGCCACGCGGCGCCGGAGGCGCUGGUGGAGGUACUGCGAAAAUGCCAAGACAUGGCAAGGCAAGAGAGGCUGCAGGGUGGCAGCACCGCUGUGUUGAUGGCCACAGAUGGUCAGCAGCUGUGCUGCUGCAGUGUCGGUGACUCGCGCGCCGUGGCACGCGUGGCGGCUGCACCCAGCGGAACGCUGCGGUUGACGCGGGAGCACAGCUGCCGAGUGCCCGAGGAGGUGGAGCGCAUAGCAGCUGCUGGGGGCUGUAUAUCCUUUGGUCGCGUGGGAGGCGUGCUGCCCAUGACACGCGGCUUGGGGAACUUUGAUUUGGAGGCUGCAGGAUUCGCCUGCAUCCCAGAUGUGAUGACCUUACCCCUAAUGGAGGUGAGUUUCGUGGUGGUGGCCUCUGAUGGCUUAUGGGAUGUGAUCAGCGAUGAGGAGUGCUGCGCUCUGGUCUCCCGUGGCUGCACGGCAGACGGCCUGGUCCGGGAGGCGCGUCAGCGCGGCAGCAGCGACGACGUGGCGGUGGUGGUGACCCACUUUCCACCCCUCAGUGCGGCCGGAGCCUAG